AUGGCAGCAGAACAAGUGCAAGUGAUCGAUCUCACGACCAUCGAUGAAGCUGAUGAUACCGUCGCUCCAGACGCUGCUAUCCCAUCGCUGGUGGCGCAGUGGCUGGAUUUUGAGAAGGAAAUGGUCGAAGAGCUCUACGCACAGGACGGGAUGCUGGUUCUGGGCCGUGGGCUCGGUCUUUUGCGUGUGUUUGCGAGCUUCGUGCGUCUCUACUGCUCGCCCCGCAGUCUCGUGCUCUGUCUGAACGUCAACGAACAGGCGGCAACGCUGCAACGUCUAGUGCUGGCAAUGGGACUUGAUCGCCGUCUAGUGCCGCGGGUGGUUGACGCUCGGACUUCUUUGAAUGAGAGGCAGCAGAUGUACAAGCGUGGCGGUGUCUUCUUCGUGACUACACGCAUCCUUGUAGUCGAUCUGCUGUCCAGUCACGUGGAUCCAGGCAUCGUCAGUGGACUGCUGGUGAACAAAGCCCACUCAGUGACUGAGACGUCGAUUGAAGCAUUUAUUCUGCGGCUCUAUCGUGAACGCAAUCGGGAUGGAUUCAUUAAAGCGUUUUGCGAUGACAGCGUCGCGCUGUCGUCGGGUUUUAACCGCGUGGAACAAGUGCUCAAGCACUUGUACGUGCGAAAUGUGUUUUUGUAUCCGAGAUUUCAUAUCUCGAUCCACUCGUGUCUGGAGAAGCAUCAACCCGAAGUGUACGAAAUUGAAGUGGCAUUUUCACCGUUGAUGAAUACCAUGCAGGAAGCUCUGCUUGUUGCACUGGAAGCUACGGUGAAAGAGCUGCAAUGCAGCACCAAGUCUCUUGAUGCUGCGGAUCUUACUAUGGAGAGGGCUCUUGCUAAGUCGUUUAGCACUUUUAUUCGACGACAAUUGGACCCAUUGUGGCAUAAGUUGCCCGUCAAAACGAAGCAGCUUGUUGCAGACCUGUCAACGUUGCGCCAGCUGCUCGUCUACCUUCCACAUUACGAUGCCAUUUCAUACUAUUCAUUUCUGGUGAAUUAUCAAACUAUGAACGGCCAGCAACGUUUUCCAUCGCCGUGGCUAUUCACGGAUGCUGCAGAUCGGCUUCUUUCUGCGGCAAAAGAACGACUGUACCAGAUCGUGGACCCGAAAACUAAAAAGCCCGUAAACCUCCGUCAGUUUGGUGCAUUGAAUGGUUCGGCCACAAGUAUUGCCAGCAUCGCUGAGGUAAAAGUUGUGCUCGAGCAUAAUCCAAAGUGGGAUGCACUGAAAGAGGUUUUAGACGAAGUGCACCUUGAGCAACAGCGUGACCACGAGACAAAAACGGAUCAAGCGAAGGUGAGAUCCGCAGCUGGUGGGGCCAGUGUACUGGUGAUGGUCAAGGAUGAGCGGACUUGUGCACAGUUACGUGAGUUCUUGAGUUUAGGCGCUCAGGAAAUGAUGAGGCGGCGUUUCGGUCAUUACUUGCUGCAGAAAGAGGCCACGAUGAAGCAAAAAGGAGGUAGUAUAGCUUCAUUGGGGCUCGAGCAACGACUUCUUUUGGACGCUGCUGUGAAGUUACGAGCGGACGAACUGUACACUGAAGAGAACGCAGUACAUUCGUCAGGCGCGAAGAGUGAACAAAAACCUGGCAAUUCCAAGAAGCGUACGCGAGACGAGCUAUUACCAAAUAACUACAAAGAUAUCCAGGCACACAUUACUGAUGUGUCGAGCUUUGGUUUGUCAGCAGCAGAGCUUGAAGCCAUUACUGCAGGGCGCGACGAUCAAGUGGAGUGCAAAACAAGGGCGAGGUUAUCACUAGAUGGUUGUCUUCGUGAUGGUCAAGAAGCGUCUCAUCGCCGAAAUCGAUCUUCAGGAACGCCAAAUUUAUCACUUGAACUGGUGGACCCCCUUGACAGCGUCGUCCUAUGUACAUACGAGCAAGCCACGCAGCAUGGCCAUGGCGCCUCUGCCUUUCUUGAGGACCUCAUGCCUUCUUGUAUCGUGCUGUACGACCCAGACAUGGCGUUCAUCCGCGAAGUCGAAGUGUUCCAUGCCUCGCAUGUUGCGCCGCUUGAGAUCUACUUCAUGAUGUACAAUGAAAGCACGGAGCAGCAAUCGUAUUUGAGUGAAAUUCAGCGCGAAAAGCGUGCAUUCGACAAGCUCAUCCACCAGAAAGCUCACUUGAUGAUGCCUGCCAAUGUUUACGAUCUGCCGCUCCACAUGAAGCUACGACAGGAGAUCGUAGAGUACAGUAUGGACACACGAACGGGUGGUCGGGCCAAGUCUCGUCGCGCCGGCGUUAAAGUUGUCGUUGAUGUCCGUGAGUUUCGAAGCGCCUUGCCGUCCAUGCUUCACAAGGAAGGACUGUUUGUCCUUCCCGUGACGCUGGAAAUUGGCGACUACGUCUUGUCACCAGAGAUCUGUGUAGAGCGCAAAAGCGUGAGUGAUCUUUUCGGUUCACUGAACUCCGGGCGAUUGUUCAACCAGGCGGAAAGCAUGCGUCGCUACUACAAAACGCCCGUGCUAUUGAUCGAGUUCACUCAAGGCAAGGCGUUUUCAUUGCAGGACGUGUCCGAGCUUGGCUCUGAGAUCAAUGCCUCGAAUAUCGUCUCCAAGCUCACCCUGCUGAUCCUGCACUUUCCUUCACUACGGAUCCUUUGGUCGCGCUCGCCACACGCCACGGUGGACCUUUUCAAGAUCAUCAAGAAGUAUCAAGAAGAGCCUGACACCGAUACCGCAGCUGCAUUGGGCAACGAUGCAGUUGUAGGCGCCAAUGCUGGUCAAAUCAAUCGCGGCGAGGGAGGGGUGGCAGCAAGUUACUACAACACGAGCUCGAUCGACGUGCUGAAGAAGCUGCCAGGCGUGAACGAACACAAUUACCGGAAGGUGUUAGCGAGCGUCAGAAAUCUCGCCGAGCUCAGCCGGCAGUCGCUGGACGACCUCACGGCGCUUCUGGGUGCAACUAACGGGAAGAAGCUGCAUGCAUUUAUAAACAAGACGCAAUAG